AUGUCGUCUUCUAAACGCAAAAGAGAUAGUAGCAAUACUACUACUGCGUCUAAUACAAAGUCUGACUCAUCAUCAUCUAAGAACAAACCAACAACAACAACAACAAAGUCUUCAUCUUCUGCUCUCUCUUCUCAACAGUUUCUAUCUGAUGGAAAAUCUUUAUACUUAACAAUAACUGAUGAAAGUGGAAAUGUUGUCUUGGAUAAACAAGAAUGUAAAGCAAAACAAUUUUCAACUGGUAGUCUUGGCUGGUCCUUGAAUGGAAAAAAGUUUACAACAACAAUUAGUGGGAACGAAGUGAAAACUCAAGUGAAUUGUAACUUGAUUAUUGAUAACAGUAAAUCAACAACAGCUACAAAGUCAAAGACUGCUGCUGACGACGAUGAAGAGAGUGACUAG